CACAGUCAGUUAGCAAUUUGAACUUAUAGAUCUAACAACAUGGCAAUUCUAAAGCUUUACGGUCUGGAUGCCAGUCCACCAGUGCGUGCUGUUAAACUAACGCUGGCUGCUCUACAGCUGGACUACGAGUUUAUCGUGGUGGAUGUCACAAGCAAGCAGCAGCUGUCCAAGGAAUAUCUGGCAAAGAAUCCACAGCACACUGUGCCGCUGCUGGAGGAUGGCGAUGCCUGCAUUUGGGAUUCACAUGCCAUUAUGUGCUAUUUGGUCAGCAAAUACAGCAGGGAUGACUCACUGUAUCCUAGAGAUCUGCUUAAGCGCGCUGUUGUGGAUCAGCGUCUGCAUUUUGAGAGUGGUGUAGUGUUUGCCAAUGCACUUAGAGCUAUUACCAAGCUGGUGCUCUUCUUCGGCGUAACAGAGGUGCCCAAGGAACGCAUUGAAGCCAUCACUGAGGCCUAUGACUUUGUUGAGCUGUUCCUUAAAGGUCACAGCUACAUGGCUGGCGAUCAGCUGACUCUUGCGGAUUUGAGUCUUAUCUCCUCCAUCAGCUCAUUGGUCGCCUAUGUGCCCGUCGAUGCUGCCAAGUAUUUUAACCUAAGUAAUUGGAUUAAGCGCAUGGAAUUACUGCCCUACUAUGAACAAAAUGCUAAGGGAGCUGCAAUGUUUGCUGGUGCAGUCAAGAGCAAAACAUUUACUGUAGCUCAGUAAAUAGUUAAAUUAAUUAGCUGUAAAUUGUUUAAUAAACAUGACAUUUAGAACUUAAAGCUUUG